CAUUCCUCUCUCCGCUAAGACAGUGAAGGAAAGGGCCAUAAAAAUGGCAGGCAACACCACCGAUCGGCAAAUCAAGGACAUUAAUUCAGUCCAGCUUACUCAAUUGCCUGUGAAGAGUCGUGUGAUGUGAUUGAUAUUAAACACACUGCACUUUUAUGCAGCCUCUUGACAUCAGUCAGUCUCAAUCCAUCGCAACAUGGAAGAAGUCUACAUCCGACACGUGAAGCUGCUUGGCUUUGAGAAACGCUUUUACCCCAGUCAGCACUACGUCUACAUGCUGAUGGUAAAGUGGAGCGACCUCUCGGAGAAGUUGAUCUUCAGGACGUAUCCUGAAAUUCACACUUUCCAUAAAUCGCUGAAAGAAAUGUUUCCAAUCGAAGCUGGCCAAAUAGAAAAGCGGGACCGAAUCAUCCCACCACUGCCAGCACCACGGUGGGUGGAGAGCCAAAAGUCUCGGGAAAACACCCAAAGCACGUUGACUGGGUACUGCCAGGCACUCGUCGAGCUGCCGCCGCACAUCUCACGCUGCAAACACCUCAACGUUUUCUUCAAAGUGCGACCGGAGGACGAAAAUCCGCCAGCUCCAAACACUGGGAAAAAAAGUGAAAUCUUCUUGGAGACCAAAGUCAGCAACAACAUAUCUGAGAUUUCUGGGCCCAUCAUACUCGACACAUACAGAGUGAUUGCAGACUUUACCAAGACGUCCAAACAUGAGCUCAACCUCCAUACCGGAGAUUUUGUGGAAAUUGUGGAGAAGAACCAGAAUGGCUGGUGGUUCUGCCAAUGCGAGACCAAACGAGGUUGGGUUCCUGCCACUUACCUGGAACCCUUGGAUGGGCCCGAGGAGUCAGAGGAGCCAGAGCCAAAUUACGAAGGAGAAUUGCACGUCACGGUCCAAGCUUACGUGGCGGAGACUGAUGAUGAGAUCUCCCUGGAAGUGGGAGAAACUAUUGAGGUCAUUCAUAAGCUUUUGGACGGCUGGUGGGUUGUCAGGAAAGGUGAAGAGACUGGUCACUUCCCCUCCAUGUUCCUGCAGAAAGCAGGCAAAGGACAACAUUAUCACUUUGAUACCAAGCAACCACAGGGACAGAAACCUCCUCCUCGAAGGUCCACUAUUAAGAACGCAAAAAGCAUCCACGAGAGAAGCCGUAAGCGCCUCAGCCAGGAGGCCUAUAGGAGGAACAGUCGGCGAUACCUGCAGAAGAAGGAUGGACGCACCGCCACCUCGCCCAGGAUUGCCAAGAUCCCGGAGAAGUCGCCUUUGAGGGAGCGCAAGAAUCAAGGGAACAUUCCCGAGCAGCAGAGUUUGAGUUCAGAGGGCGAGGUGACGCCAGAGGCCCCGGUCAUCCCUCCUCGACCUAGUCCCGAGCUCAUCCUGGAACGCUGCACAGACAACACCCGCAAGAAAGUCAGCGUCCGCAACUUUGGAAGCAGAAGCAGCACCUAGUGUGGACGGGACCACCAUCGAUGGACAAAAUUGUCUCUUCUUGACCUAGUUGUAAUCGAGCAAUUCCUUCUUUGUGAAGAAAUCCAGCAAAUGCUGGUUUAAGAACCAGCAAAACCAGUGCCAAAAAAUAACAAAUCCAGCAGAACUUUGUUAGAGUCAUUCGUUCAUCCAAAUGGUCAGGACUGUAAAGUGGUUUUAGUAGUGUUGCACCGAUAUUAGUAUUGGUAUCGGUACCGAUACAGCAAUGAUGUCAUCGGUAUUUGCGAAUACUAUGAAAUAAUGUGCCAAUGCUGUGCAAUAUACUGUAUGCUUUUCGAGAUGUAGUUUCCAAAUCCUGGUUGUUCUAUACCUAAGAUGGCCUCCGGCUAGGCAUGCGACCGCAAAAAAAAGAGGGCUUGCCAAUUAUGUGGCAUCCAAUCAUCUUUCUGCUGUGAAUUCAAAUGAGUUUAUCACGAGUAGAUGUCAGAUCCAUUGGAAGUGGGAGGCUGGCAGCAAAUGAACGUUCAUUUACUGGCAGCCAAUGAGUUAAAAAAUUAUGUUUGUUCUUCCUCUGGCCAAGAUACACCCUCCCACCUAUGACUUUAUCACAGGGGUGCCCAAGUCCGAUCCUCGAGAGCCCCUAUCCAGCUUGUUUUCCAUGUGUCCCUCCUCCAACACACCUGAAU